UAUUCAUUUAAACUCACUUUUGGCUCUUUUUGCUCUUUGUUUUUCUUGCUCGUUUGUCGGCCCGCUACCCAUUUGGUUCAUCCCGCUAUCGACCCUCUAUGAGGCGAUCCUCUUAUGAUCCAACCCGCUUCCAAACCGCAUUGACUCUGACCCGCCCCGUCCAAUAACCAGGUUUAGUCACAUCGUGUUAUGUUGAAAAAAAUGUCUAUGGAGAAUUAUUAUGGUUUAAGUUUAAAUACAUUGUUGAUUUGAGUCUUGUUCGAGCUACUCUCUAUUAGUUUGGGUUAUGGUUUGUCCGAUGAGUUUCGAGUUUCUUUAGGUGACUUUAGUUAGGUUGUCAAAUCAUGUUGAAGUUUAGCAACUCUAAAUCUACAUGUGCCUCUAGUCCCAUGACUCAAUUGAUAAGGGGUCGAGUCCUUUGUUGGCUCGCAUGUUCAAUGACUAAAGCACAACUCUAAUUGCUGCUUUUUGUAUUAACAUAUGUUCCCUAGUCUUGUUUUAUUUUUUUCAUGCCUAUUCACUAAUAACUAACAAAUAGGUCUGAAAAAAAAAAUGCGCAUUAAAUUUGAUUUCAACUACUGUUGGAUUUGACUCCUAAAUUGAAAUGGGCCUUCAACAAUUAAGAUGGUUUUUUUAAAAAUUCAAUUCAUUUAUAUCUUCGAAAUUUUAUACCUAUAGUUCAAAUGUGGUACGUAAUUUUCAAUUAUCUAAAAGUUACGAUACUAGAUUGGAUCGACCAAAUUAUAGGUCAAAUCAUUUGAGAUUUGGAUCAUAAACAUGGAAUAGUCUUACUCAUUGAGAUUUCGGUGUAUCUUAUUUUCACGUCAAAUUGAGACGACUCUCCUUUACAUGGUGAUUCCCCAAAUUAAGGCGCUUAAUUCAUGCUUUUCAUGCUAAUACACUCUCAUUCCAUAGGUUUCACGUUCAACGGAUCCAAGAGGUCAUGCGUUGUGCCUCGACAAUGUCGUAUUAUUUGCUAAUUGAUACCACCUCAAUAUUAAUUUUUACUCUCUCUUGGGUAUCCUUAUAUUUUUUUAUGCAACAAUUCAGUUGUCAUUGAAUCUAUCUAUUUUUAUAUUUUCUAACGUAUAAUCCAGUAAAACAAUUUAUUUUUUCAAAUUCCUCCUACACUUAAUAAUUGAUUGCAUUGUACUUCUAAAUAGAGUUCAUUUUAAUUAAAUUAAUCUACAAUAUUUAAGUGAUUUUAUAGCGAUUAUCAUGAAACAAAACGCCUUAAAUAGACCGGAUUAACAAUAAUUUAUUGUGCACUCAAACUGAUUUUAUUAGACUUAUAUAAUUUUUGGUGUAUAAACAAAUUGUUAUAAACCUGAUCCGUUUAAGUCGUACAUAAAUUGAAAAAUUUGAGUAUGGCUCGAGUAUUAGCCACAUUGAUCCAGUUGGAGUUAAACCCAGCCCUCAACUUCUUCAUAGCUACAAAAAUCUCCCUCCUUUUUUCCCUCUCUCACUAAAACUCCACCCAAACGAAAAUCACUGUAAUUUCCAGAAUCUCCAAAUAUGAGGUUUAAUUUCGACAUAGCAGAAACAAACAACGACGAAAAAGAGCAGAAAUCAAAAACCCUAAUUCCUUAUUCUUCUCCAUCUUCUUCAACUCCGAAAGAUAAACUUCAAUGGCUUCCUCUUCAAGAUCACCCCGUUUUCUCUUCAUCCGCCGGAGAAUUUUCCGGCGUCGGAAAAUUAUCGGAAAAUCGAUUUCCGGCGAAUCUUAUGGCUUGGGAUGGAGCUUCUAGAAUCUUCUUUUGGGAUUCGGAGAAGCAUUUUCUUCACCGUAUUUCUGUUCGAUUGGGAGAUCCUGAACCUACUUCUGUUCUCGCUGCUUUUCCUUCGAAGGUGUUGCAAGCAGAUAUUGAGGUUGACUUUCAUGUUACCCAAAUUUCAAUUAAUAGAAACGGGUCAGCAUUGCUCAUUAAUGGUUCAGAUGGCAUGUUUGUCAUGUACCUAUAUGGAGGUUCCUCUGCAAAGGAUAGUUCGAUCAUUUGCAGGACUGCUCCUGUUGGUUCCGAGAUCUAUGAGAAAAGUAAUAAUGCUAUUCGCAUAUUGCAAGUGACUUGGCAUCCUUACAGUGAUACACAUGUUGCAGUUCUAUCUUCUGAUUCAGUAUUUAGAAUAUUUGAUUUGUCUUCUGCUCUUGAUCAGCCAGAGCAGGAGUACUAUUUGCAGCCUCUAGAGUCAGGUAGAUCCCGGAAUGCAUCAUCAAUUUGCCCUGUUGAUUUUUCCUUUGGGCGUGAUCACUUGUGGGACAGAUUUAGUGUUUUCGUUUUAUUUAGUGAUGGCUCUGUUUAUGUACUUUGCCCAGUGGUCCCAUUUGGAAGUGUAAUCAUGUGGGAAUCAAUAGUGGAGAUAUACAGUGAUGCACAAACUUUUGGUCAGAAAUCUGCCAACACAACUGCUAUCAGCAAUUCAGGUCUGGCUAUAUCUUGGCUGGAAGCAACAUUUCCUGAAUUGGACCAAGGAAAGGAAGUCAGUCAGGUCUCUGCUGUAAAGGCUCAUCCGUAUGUGAUGAUAGACACAUCACUUUCAUUGCAGGGCCCUCUUCGUAAAGUUUGUAAUGGCGAGGAAGAUGAUCCUGGGUUUCGUGGAGCAGAAUGUGGUGGUCGUGCUGUGAGUUUCUUAUACAACUCCGUUGGCAAGGACUCAAUUUUGGUGACUGCUUGGAGUGGUGGGCAAUUACAAAUUGAUGCUCUGGCUGAUGAAAUUCAACCCCUUUGGCAAACUGGGAAUCCGCCUCAUCUAUCAUUUGAUUCCCAUGAUCGUAUACGUGGAUUUGCUAUGAUAUGUGAAACAACUACAGAUCAACUUUCUGUUAUAAGGCUUGACCAGCAACUUGAUAAUUGUGAUUGGUCUGGUCAACCACCUCCCUUAUUAAGGCUGGCUAUUGUUGAUUUGGCUCUGCCUAAAACCAAGGACAGUGAGACUAUAAUUUCUAUGUUUAUUGAUCCUCUUAUUCCUGAGAGAAUAUACUGUCUUCAUGAUGGAGGUGUAGAUUCAAUAGUGUUGCAUUUUCUCCCAUUUACGCAUCAGACAAGUGGAAAGGAUGAAAUGAUGAAAACUCCAUCGGUGCAUCCAGUUGUCAGUACAUACCAGGGAUCGAUAGGCGCCUCUUCUUCUCUUUGUGGUUUUGUGGUUCUAUCUGAUUCAUUUGGAUACUCAUGGAUUGCUGGAGUCACCUCUACUCGAGAAUGUAUUGUGCUAGAGAUGAAAACAUGGAAUAUCUUGCUUCCCAGGCAUAUGGACACGGAGAAGAGACCUGCCAAGUCAGAUGAAGCAGGAGAGAGACUUACACCAGAUAUUAUAAGUAAAGAACUCCUUGCUGGCCCUCAGGUGGUGGUUGCUCCACAAGGAUCUAACUUGCGAUCAGUUGCUGCUGACUCUAUUGAAGGUCGAUCGGCCCUGCAUCAAUAUUUCAAGCUUUUCCAUGAGAAUUACGUGGAGUAUGCACAUAAGGUUUACUUUGAACUCAAGCAUCAUGGGCCUCAUCUGAAGAAAAUAAUUGAUAAUUUGCAUGUACGAUUAAGUGAAGCUCAGCAGAAGCUUUUGAACGUUGAGAAGAAACAGCCAGAACUGGAUGACAGGAUUACACGUGCAAUUGAGCGGCAUGAAUUUCUAGAAAACCGCUUGCACAACUUGAGAAGGUUUCCUGGGAUCCAUAAGAAGCCAUUGACCAGAGCUGAACGCGAGUUCAAGUCAGAACUUGACAGAUUUACAAAUGUUGAGCUGGAUUCUUUGCGUUCUUCUGUUGAAGCAUUAAAUGGGAGAUUGAGAAGGUACAAGCAGACUAUUAAGGAAAAAGUACCCAGUUACCAGAAGACCCCCUCCAAGAAGAAGAGCUUGGUACAAGAUUCACAGCUAGACCAACUAAAGGCGUCUCUUGAGAAACUCUCAAUAGUGAACAGGGAGAAUUCUAAGAAAGUUCAAUUGGUUGAAUCUUCAUUGAAGGACUGGGAAGAUGAUACAUCCAAAUAGUCAGAUGUGGCACCUAUUGUAUUACCAGAAAGGUGAUAAUACGAGGUGAUUAUCGACUUGUAGGAUCUGAAUUACUCCUCUUAGAGAGAUUAUCGCAAGCUCCUCACAGGUUUGAUCGAAAUUAUUUAGAUGUUUUAUCCAGGCGAUGCUUUGUUGUAUAUUGGUAAUUUUGUGCUCCUGUUCGCCUGUAGGAGAUGAUAUGAUAUAGAUACAAAUGUAGUAAUAGUGGCAAAAGUUAAAUUUCGACGGUUCAAGAGAUGGUUUUGUCCUCCAUGUACUAUUUAUAAUACUAACCCUGAUUCGUUUCC